AUGAAGACACCAGCUAUUACGAUGGCCAUGGCGCUUUUGGCAGCCGGUACCGACGACAUCUCGAGCUACAGUGCAGUUGGUUUUCCUACUACUAUGGAGCACUCAAAUACCAUUGCAAUCGACACGAACGACCUUGUGACGCACCACGAAACGGAUGACAACAACCCUUCUGAUGAGGAAGCUAGCAAGAUUCUACUCGGUCCUUCCAGAAGUCGGUGGACCAAUCAAUUCAUUCAAGUCCCUCCUGACGACACUCGGGAGCGCUCCGACAUGAAUGACGCCACCACUCCACCGACGUACACCUCUGCAGUUCCUCCGCAUGCAGAUUACUACCUGGUGGGUGUCGAACGCGACGCGACCUAUCGCAUUCAAGGACCUAUUUGCAGUGGGUUUGGCCCCCAGCCUACGGGCUCUUGUCCCGCAAUGGGAGAGAAGGCUGCAUCCCAUUGUGACGCCUCAAUGGCUAGUUACAAGGAAGGCACGUGUGUGCUACCUGUAAACAGUACCUGCCAACCCCUCAAGACCGGCGCUUGGGGCUGCGUCCUCUUCACAGUUGAUAACAGUAGCCCUACAACUCCAUCGUCUAAAGAACCCGUCAUGACCGCACAGACUUUCGUGUCAAUCUGA